UGGAAAAAUCGGAAGUGGGGAGGAUUUACUACGACGGCAGAAAGUUCAUGACCUUCUUCCUUACGUCUAUAAAUGACAGAGAGGGGAAAAAUUGGGUGAAGGAAGACAAGAAGGUGUCUCUUGACCUUCGGCUCUUCCAGGGAUACGGGGUAAAGGCUUUCUCGAUGAAAGUGUUUAACGUGCGCGGGAACGGAACAGAGUUCCAAAUGCUGGAUCCGGAAAAGUUCCUCUCUAAAACCAAUGGCUACCGCGUGACUGGGUCCCUGCCCGUCGUCGACAGCGCUUUCAUGCUCAGCAGGCCUUUGGUUCAGUUCAACAGCCCAGCGGUCCAGCUGGCGAAAGCCGUUAUGAGGUACAGAGAACAGUUCGCGAGGCUGCCUGCUGCCCUGCAAGUUGAUUGCAUUUUCGUGCCGAUUGACGCGGGUCCCAAACGGCGCCAGGAUCAGCCGGCCAGAGCGGGUGCAAAGAGGAAACAAUUGGCGACUGUGCCGUCUUCGUCGGUCGCUGUUGUCCACGAUCUUCCCGCUCCGGUUCCGCCCUCGGAUCGGCAAAGUCACGAUGCGGCCGAGCAGUCCAGCGAGGCCACAGACUACGACGACGGAGCUCUGCGCCACCUCGCUCAUCCCCGACAUCGUCCCCGGGGAGGUGCAGGUGCCUUCGGCGAGGACGAAUGCGAGGGCCAAGAGGGGGAGGGUGGUGGUGAGGAGGGGGAUGAAGGUGACGAAGGAGAUGCUGACGCUGAGGACAAUGACGUGGACGAUGAGAGAGACGUUGGUGGUGCGCGACUCGGGGACACUCGCUUCUCCCAAUGUGAGCGCCCGCGCGACGGCAACGAUUCGCGGGCGUGCCGUGGGGUUGAUGCCUGUAGCGGCGCUGACGUGGAUGGUGCUGGUGACCAGCCUGGGAACUCCCGUUCGGUGUCGCAGUCGCAUAACCAGGCGACGGAUGGGAGAGACAAAACUGCCUCACGGAGAAAGAGGAAGAGGGGAGAAGCGUCAACCUCUCCUGCGAGUCAAACGAAACAGGCGAGGGCUAACGCCGUCAACGAGGCUCGCAGAGCGACGCAUGAGCUGCGGGACUCGGGGGAUGAGGGCGAGGGGGUGGGGCCUCGCAUGCCCGAAGACGUCGACGACCUCGUUCAGCGCGCCGCGCCCCUCGACACGACACGGUGUUUCUUUCUCGAAUACGACGAGCAAGGCUUUGCCAGGCAAGACGUCCAUGUUGUUAACGUCGACGUCACAAGAAUCAAACGCAUUCCCAGCGGGCCUAUCCUCUACAACCACCGCUCGUUGUCUGAGAACAUUGUUAGAGGCAUCGAGAAUGCCAUAGAAAGCUCCAUCACUUCUGAACCGGGGGCGUGGGAUAGACUUGAGGUUGUUCUUGCGCCAGUUGACCCUAACGACGUCGUCAACGGGCAGGGAAGGCGAAUCACGCCAGACGAGUUCUUCCAAAGAGACUCUGCAGAGUUUGAUUGGUACGCAGUAUGUGGUCAGCAUACCGCGGAGGCCAUGAAACGGUUGGUGGAAAAGCACUCCGCUGCGGUCAAAGUCUAUGGCCUGCGCGCGUACUCGAAAGUGCGAGUUGUCUUUUUCGACGAUGACCAAACACGAGGGUACUUCAGUGUCUCCGCCUUUGACAACACACGGGAGCAUCGCGCCAUGAUGUUAUCAUUCCAAGACGCUGUGCGUGAUAUGAGGCAAUGGUGGAUCGACAACGACGGAAUCAAAGCCCCCAAAGCUAAGGUUAGCGAGAAGGAUGCGGCCGCCGUGGCGCACCAGAAAAUGACAAAACUUCCUCAGGGCCUGCAUGAGGAAGGCGUGCGACAAGGCGUUUGCUCCAUCGUGUCCUUGAAGGAUUUGUGUCCUACAUACUUCAAGAACUUCGGGGACAUGACAUGCCGUGAGCGAGAAGUCGCGCUACUCCUGCUCAUGAAGGGGAAAGUGGUGACAACAAAUGUCAAAGUCACGCCUCCGCGGGUGAACACGGAGUGCCUUCUCGACAUUAUGCGCAAAGAGAGAUACAUGAUUCGCAUGUUCAACUAUGUCGUGUUCCGCACCGAGGAAAGGGGUGCUGAGGAGUGGAACGGCGACUUCUUCAUGUCGUAUAAGGACCUCGAAGAGAGGUAUGCACAGAGUGGGCUAUGCGCAGCUGAAUGGGAGAAGGAACGAGAGAAGCUACAUAGCAACAAAGUAAAGACGUUCCCUCGACGACUUGGAGGAGUGGAUGAGGGAAGGCAAGGUGCGGGCUUGGGGCCAACAGAAGUGAUGUACAAGGAGGCUCCGUUUCACUUCAAGGUGUUUAUAUACACUAUGAUCGAUAAGCUCGAUUUGCUUCGAGCGGAGGUGAAACGAAUCGCCUCCAGCGCACGUCAUCUUGUAUGGCACAAAUUCGGCAGGCAGACGAUAUUGCUUCCAGUAUGCAUGCGGACAAAGGAAGUAUUGGCAGCGCCCGACGACGUCGUUGCCUCGGCGAAAAAAAUGACAUGCAGGGACGCCAUCGUCGACAUCUCGGCCACAAAUUUCAGCAGUGCAUGGACCUCGGAGGACUUUGAUGCGCUAUACAAAAUGAUGGAGAAGUGUUGUGGUCCGAAUUGGGUCCUCUUCUUCUUUGCACCACAGAAGGUGCAAAGCAAUGUCUUGCGUCACUUGUCAUCGAGUGACGUAACAAGGUACGACAACAUCGCUACGACGAGACGGGACUUGAUGGUCAUCGUGCUGCGCGCUGAAGGAGGGGAUCUGAAAAAAGUAACUGUCGCGCCCCGACUUCACAACGAUCUCACCGAGGUGCAUGUUGUGGAGGAUAAGUUCGGGAAGUGUCAGGGAAAACACGGUGGCGUCGAAGGCGACGAAAGUGUUGUGUAUUCGGUUUGGGAGCGAGAAUCCGGAAAGUUGCGGAAGUUGUGCAGUUCAUUCGUGGGAGAGGCGGAAGGUGUCCUUUUGCUGGGUAGGGCGCACGCGGGUCUUGUAUGGGAGUUCUUGCUUGCAGGUAAUAAUGUCAUUGCCUGCGACGAGUCGGCCAAGGACGUUGCAUACUUGACAAAGUUCAUCGACAUACUUGUCAAGGAGGAGAGAUUCGAGUGCCGGCUCGAGAAGCUGCGUGCCACAUACCGCACCAACAGGGAUAUGUACCACAAGUUGGGACCAAAGAGACAAAAGACAUUCGUUGCUCGAUGCGAGAUCUUGAAGUUUGAUCUUCACAAAGAUCGACUCACGUUCAAGGACUACGCAGACCUCGCUAAAUCUGGUGAAGGCUUUAACCCCGUCGACAGAGAGGAAGACUCGGCGGACUCCGACCUCGACAUUGGAAACGACACCAAUGCAACCGGGUGGCGUGGCCAGUCCGCUGCCAUGGAGCACGACGGAAAGGAAUAUGGACCGGGUCGAUCAGAGGGAUGCUCGACCCCGCCACCCGCAAACAGUGUGGCCUCGAUGGUGGAUCGGGUGGCGUGUACGCCUAUGGAAGAAGGUGAGGACGAUGAGAUUGAUAUUCCUGCUCAGGCAACGAAGCUGGCGUCGGGCGAUCCAAUUCCUCAUGCCUUUUGUGCGGACCCGGACACUGUGCGUUUCUUGGAGGACAAACACACCCGCACUGGGGAGGACAAGUGGGGCCAUGAUAUCAUUUGGCAUGUCGACAUUUUCCAGCCAUGCAUCCAAGAUGGGGAGUGGAAGAUGGCGGUGAAGUAUGAGAAGGGUUGGAGACCGUUUCCCCGCAUGGGUAAGGACAGCUGGUUGAAAACGACGGAGCAAGUAAUUUUAUACGGCGUGCGGAAAGAGAACCCCGGGGAGAGCGAAAACUCCAUCGCAACAAAGGCGAAACAAUUGUUCAAUGCCUUGCGAGCCUCUUGGCAGUUGGAGUACAGACACAAUUUUUACGAGUUGCAGACGAGUCCCUCGCGCGGAUCAAUUGACUGGAAGGUCGACCGCAUCGCCGCGGCCGAGAGCACAGAGGUGGACUCCCGAGAAGAUGUCUCUCUUGUGUCCGAGGCGGCGGCAGGGAUCACGAAGGGUGAACAAAGGGAAGAUGUCGGGACCACGUCCGCCUUGAAGCCUCCUUUGCCAGAGGUGGGGAACACGUCCGCAGGCAAAGAGCCCAUCAUAGUCAUCUCUAUCGAAACAGGGGAUAUAUCACAAGGUGGACAUGUGUCACUCGACAAGCCGUCGGAUGCGGGCGCAACAUACGGGAGUCUCCUCGCGACAGGUGCGACAAUGGCAGGCAGAUCAGAGAUUGAGUUGGAGUCCACUGCUGGGAUGGACGUCACGGGAAUGUUAUUGCAUCCGCCCUCAUGCACUAGCAAAGGUGAUGCACACUGCACAACAACAUCACAGGGAGGGGCCGCAGGAGAUGACGGGGAUGGGGGGAAUGCAGAGGGGUCUCAAUGUUCUCGCAAUCUUGAGCACAUGACCACGGAUGAUGAGGAUGGGGCAGAAGGUGGAAAGGGCGUGAUCGAUCCCACACAUGUAGAAAAUGAGGGGUGAGACAGACAGGGGAUGAACUCGAGGAAAAAUGUUUUCAUUUGUUUCCUCAUUUGUUUUAAAUCUAGGUUUGUGGGCGAAAAUUUAUUCCUGUAUACAAUUCGGUGGUUUACUCAUUUGUUUUCAAUGUAAGUUUUAGGGAUUUGACCAUUUCAUUGCUGCCAAUAAAAUUGUGCGGUGAAC